CUGUUCAACGCACGUGCAUACCACGUGCGUAUGUCAGUAAAUUUGAAGAAAUCGAUGCAGCCAAAGACGCUUACGAGCAAGGGUUUGGGGUGUCGCCGCCGCUCGCCUCGUCGCCGCAGCUGAUCAAACUCGCUAAGAAUGAGUCGAUCCCCUGAGGUCAAGUGGGCACAACGUAUUGACAAGGUCUACAUCACUGUACUAUUGCCUGAUGCAAGAGACGUGAAAGUUAAUCAAGAACCUGAUGGCACUUUCACUUUCUCUGCCACAGCUGGUGCUGCAAGUAACUUUUAUGAAUUAAAAUUGGAACUUUUUGAUAAAGUAAAUAAAGAGGAAAGCAAAAUUAAUGUAGGGGUCAGGUCUAUCUUUUGUGUGAUUGAAAAAGCAGAGAAGCAGUGGUGGAAGAAAUUAAUAGGUGGCGAGGGAAAGACUCCUCACUAUGUGAAAGUUGAUUGGGAUAAGUGGGUUGAUGAAGAUGAUGAUGGUCGACCUGAUGUGGAUUUGGGUGGCAUGGAUUUUUCGAAUUUUGGUGACAUGGGGGGUAACUCUAUGGAUGAUGAUUUUGAUGAUAGUGAUGAUGAAGAGCCAGCAGAUAAAACUGAACAUGCACCUGGAGAUGAGAAGAUUAAAGAAGCCUCUUCAGAAGACAAAAAGGAAACAGAUUGAUGCAGAGGAAUCAUUUCGAAUUGGUGUCUGUUUGUGUUUCAAAAUUGAGUGGAUUGUCUAUUAAUCUUGUGUGUUGCUGAAUGAUUGCUGAUAUUAUUUAUUUUAUGAAUAGAUCUAGAACGAAUAGAGGCUUAUUAAGGUUCACUAAUGUUCCUCCAAACUUGUGUGUUUAUAAUUAUGAUUCAAGACAUUGAACAAA